AUGUGGUCGCAUGUUGCACACGCUUCUUUCUCUUUUGUGGCGGAUUAUUCCAACAUGCCUCAUUCGAACGUUUGGUUUUCACACCCAAGAACCUAUGGACCAGGAUCAAGAUCCUGGUAAGAUUGUCUUCAUAGCCCACUUAAUUCGUUUCUCGUUAUUUCUUGCCAAAUUAAUAAGGAUUUACUUUUGAUAAACGUUUAUUUGGCGAGCAAAGAACUCGGCGCUCAGCACGACGACAAUUCAAGAUGGCGGACACGUGGUUUUGGAACGGAUAGCUUAAAACUGUCGGCUUACAGUUUACUUUCCUCGCGGUUAGGACGGUUUUAAUAUAUGUGUUGGUCAGUAACUUUAAAUAGAAAAUAUGGGAAGCCUUGUUAAUGUCAUAAAAUCGUAUUUCUUUCAACAAAUAAAUUUGACCUUUGCAAUACUCUCAAUACUUAUUAAAAGAUUUAGCUUUGUUAAGCUAUCAGUAGACUUCUGCCUGGCUUCCUUCAUUCAUAUUGAAGAAAUUUUGGUAAUACAGCUACUUAUAUCUUGUUUCAGCUAAUAAAUUGUAAGGAUUUUUUCAUGUCAACAUUUUAUUUCUUGCAACUAUAUACACUGUCAACAUAGUUACUGAUGUCUAGUCCUUAUUUUUUCAUAGCCGUGUAUGUUUCAAUCACCAUGGAAUUAUCAGAAAAUAUGGUUUAAACAUUUGUCGAAGAUGCUUCAGACAGUAUGCCAAAGAUAUUGGCUUCCAAAAGGUUAGUAAAAAU